GGUGCACAGUAGGCUAUGAGCCGUGAAAAAGUGUAAAACGUUUUUGAUCGGUGCGGAUGAGAAGAAAAGUGUUCCUUUUCGUGGAAAAAAAUUAGUACAUGUGGUAAAUCGCCAACUGAUGUGUGUAUUUUCAAGUGAAUAACAGAUAACAAAAUUCAGUUUCAUUUGAAAAAAGAUUCAAAACGUCAAACAUACUUACUCCAGGAUCAAAAAAUCACAGCCUUGCUCCAACCGAUCCUUCACCGGGGCGCGGUUUCUCGUCGUUUUCUGUUAGUGUGUGACAUACUGGAUUUAUCGCGUUUCUUCCCGUUUCUGUACCGUACUACCAAUCCUUCCCGCCCUGCCGCUCGGUCGCUUGAAACGCCAAGGGACGAGGGAGAGGAGAGAAAGAGCACGUCAGUUCGCUGUCAGUUGCCUGCCGACCAUCAUCGUGGAAGAACGUACGGCGUGACGUCACUCGUCGGUGCGGUGUGUCCUGCUUUUUCCUGUUUCUUCGGGCGUGUUUGCAGCGCUCUCUAUACCCAUUCAUCAAUUAGCAUUGUCAUCAGUGGCGCGGGGCCGUCAUAAAAUUGCGGUUUCCGCCAUCCGUCGUCCAGCUGUGCCCCGUUGUGCCGUAAUGUGUGUCUCGGUGUAGGGCGCGACAAAUCUAAGUGAAUCCGUCACUGUUCCGUCUCUUCUGGGUGUCGCCAGUGGAGUUUGUUCAACAUUUCACCCCCGAACCGGGCGCACAAUUUUAUUGGCAAUGAAUUCUUCCACACCGAACGCCGGAACGCGCCGAAAUUGAAACCGUUUGUCCGGGUGUUCCGCAAAAGUGUCGAAAAAGCCCCAUUAGAUGGAGGAAGAGUGAGUGUUGGUUCACCGCGAAAAGUUGAUGAAUGAAGAAACGAAAACGCGUGACCCCUUCGCGCGGUUAUCGGAAAAUGAAAGAAGAAGCUGAAGCAACGGUGCAUUCGAUGGAAAUUUGUGAAAAUGUUUGUGGCAUGGUGAUGGAAAAUUAAGCUAACGAAAAGCACAAACCAAAGUUUAGAAGAAAAAAGUGAUUGAAGAAAAUAUUUAACGGUAGCGAUUAAAGUCUGUGCAUCUGCAAUACACGUGCACGGUUGUGUCUGGUGUGUGUGUUUCAACUAACUAGGAAAAAGAAUUCACGCAGUUCAAGGAUAUAGUCGCAGCAAGCAUCGUUUUUAUAAACGCAGUGAAAAAGCUACCAAACAAUCAACGUGAACUGGAAAGACUGAAUCACCGCUUAGUUCAAUCUGUGCUGGAAAGAAAACCACCGUCCUCCCGCGUCCGUCGUCAUCUGCCACUUAUCUCUCCGCCCCCGGGACGAAAGAUAACAAAGGACGACGAGAAGACGACGUCUCGGGUGAGAUAAGAAGAGUUAUAAGGCACAGAACAGUUCGUCCGCGGUGCGGAUAAGCUCCUCCAUCCACCAAGAGGAGGACGAUCAGGAAGAAAUAAAAGCUAAAAGACAGCAGAGAUAAAUCUCAUCAUCAUCAUCCUGGCAAAGCGAAACGUGCAUCGUAACGCGUAACAACAGCAGCAAAAUGUCAUCCCAAAGAUUUUGUCUCCGGUGGAACAACCACCAGACGAACCUGCUCUCCGUGUUCGAUCAGCUGCUGCACGAAGAAACGUUCAUCGACGUGACGCUGGCCGUCGAAGGGCAGCACCUGAAGGCACACAAGAUGGUGCUGUCGGCGUGCAGUCCGUACUUCCAGCAGCUGUUCGUAAACCAUCCCGAGCGGCAUCCGAUCGUGAUCCUGCGCGACAUACCGUACAAAGACAUGAAGUGCCUGCUGGACUUCAUGUACCGCGGCGAGGUAUCCGUCGAUCAGGAUCGGCUGGCCGCGUUCCUGCGCGUGGCCGAGAGCCUCAAGAUAAAGGGGCUCACGGAGGUGAACGACGACAAACCGAACGGUCCGCCGUCUUCAUCCUCGUCGUCCUCGCCGUCGGCGGGCGGUGGUGCCACGGCAGCCGCCGCCGGUUCUACCACCACACAAUCCACCGGCAGUGGCGGAGGUCACACGGCAGGAGGAGGAGGGGGUGGAGGAGGCGGAGGCGGAGCUGGCUCUGCAGGCACCAGAGGAACCCACACGACAGCGUCGACCGUUGCAAGCACACAGGGUUCUGGUAGUGUUGUUUCGACAAGAAGCUACACCGACGAUGGGCGAACAUCGCCGGCCCUCGGCAGUAUUAACGCUGGCACGUCGCCUGCCCAGUCGCAGAUUGGCGGUAGCCAGCUGAAGCAACUCCCACCACUGAUCGCCGCCAGCGGCAUCGUUACCCGCAGCCACAGCAACAGCCUGCUGCAUCAGAACCACCACAGCACCAGCGGUAGCUCGAUGCUGCAAACGAAUCCGCUCCUCGGGUCGGCUCUCUCGCAGCAGAAGCGCAAGCGGGGUCGUCCCCGGAAGCUGUCCGGAAGUGACACCGGUGGUGAGGGAGAAAAUUUCCCCGGCGCGGACGAAUACGACAGCAGCUCGAUGGAUGUGAUGGACGUGAAGAUGACCACCGGCAGCGGCGGUUCGAACUCGGGCGACGAAGAGGGUUCCGGCCAGUUGCGCAUCGUGACGAGCCGCUCGGGUGAAGACGACGAGGUGGUGGUGCACCAUCGGCGGCGAACGGACGAUGCCGCCAUCGGUGACGAUGAGGACGCGAUCGAUGACGCCGAGGACCUGGUGGACGACGAGGAACUGUUGGACGCCGACGAGCAGCAGGAUGAGCGUGAGGAAAAGGAUGGCGCAACACCUUCGGUUUUGGACGACUCGAUGGAAAUCGGUGGCGGAGAACAACAUCAGCUGGCGAAUAAUAACAACAGCAACCGGAAUCAGAAAAGGCAACAGCAACAGCAGAACAACGUUUCCAAGCUGAGGUCGGGAUCGAAGCGGAGCAAAACGGUGGCAAGCAGCAGCACCAACCUACGCAACAACGAGAACAGCAUGUCCGACUCGAAAGACUCGUUCGUGGAAGACGACAACGGCAUCCAGAUGGAGGAAACGGGAGGCGAGGAGGAGGAAGAGGACAUCGAGGAGGAUCAGUAUGACGAGCGCGAGCUCAACUCGAGCCUGAUGGAACCGCAGCUGCUGCUGGACGAGUUCGACGAGCCGGUGGAGUUCAAGUUCGAUCCGCGCGGAGACAGCGGUGCGGUCGAUUCGACCUCAAACUCGAGCUAUCCGCCACCGCCGCUGCAGCCGAAACCGGGUCUCAAGCUCGCGGCGGGUGGACCAGCCUCGGCAGCCGGUACGCGUAUGCCACAAAUCUCCGUCGUGCCAACGACGGCCCUGCAAAUACCGAAGCUCGCCCCGCUAACCGACAAAGCGGGUGCCCCGACGAGGGCCCACAAACGGGUGCGUCUCAUGGCAUCAAAGAAACCGAACGGCAUGACCACCACGCAGACAAUCUUGAACAACCUGAACAACAACUUGACCGAAAGUCUGAUCUCAACCUCGAACGCUGGCGGUGGUGGUGGCCAAUUGCCCCUGCCCGGGCUAGGCUCCGAGAUGUACGACAUGUUUUCGAGCAGCGUACUGCGCUCCUCCAGCCCGCGGUCGAACUCCAACUCCCCGUCCGUGAGGGGAGGGGGUGGUGGAGGUGGUGGUAGUGGUGCAGGUAGCGACAGUGGCUCGCGACCGCACAAGUACGCCGUGAUCGACGACGCGGAGGGCAGUGUGCGCGAUUUCUGUACCAAAGAGGGCGACCACGUGUACCGGUGUAAGGUGUGUGCGCGCGUCUACACGCACAUCAGCAACUUCUGCCGGCACUACGUGACCUCCCACAAGCGCAACGUGAAGGUGUACCCGUGCCCGUUCUGUCUGAAGGAGUUUACGCGCAAGGACAACAUGACGGCCCAUGUGAAGAUCAUCCACAAGCAGGAGUUUGCGCAUCAGCAAUCGCCGGGCGUUGGACCGGGCGGGACUUCGCCGGCAGGAAGUAAUUCCCGUGGCGAGGACAAGUCGUUCAGCGCCAGCCUGCUGCUCGGCAAGCCCGAGUCGUCGACCAACGGUUCGGCGGCCGCUUCGAACACGGCGUCGAUUAUCAACGCCGUCGGGCUCCAGCCGAAGGUACCGAGCGGUGGCGGUGGCGGUGGGGGCGGGGGCGGUGGCAACAUCCGGAUAGUGUUUCCCUUUCCAACCGGCGGCCAGUCGUCGUCUUCGGCUUCUGCGGCGGCGGCCAACACCAACUCCGGAAGCACUACGUCGUCCUCCACGGGCAUCAGCAUCAAGAAAGAGUUUCAGGACAAGUCAUCCGCCAACUCGUCCGGUGCGAACUCACCGACCGGGUCCGUCUCUUCCAGCUCCAGCGGACUCGCAGCGCAACCGGCCACCGCAACCGUCAGUCAGUGAUCGAGCACGAUCAUCAUCAUCGAGCAAGAGCAGUAGUAAACGCGUGGUUACCAAGGACCCCCACAGAUCGACCCUCCGUUCUUCCGGAAGCGACGACAAAAACCCCCGGACACAACACUACACCCUGCGAAGCAAGCAUUAACACACAAAACCCCACAUUCACAACACGAGAGGCUAAUAAUUAAACGAUCCGGUGGUUUGUUGUGUGUCCUAAAUCCGUGGAAGGAGGGAAAGGCGAGUGGGGGAAACCGAGACACAGAGCGUCACCUCACACACACACCCCCGUAUCCAGUCGUGCGGUGUGUGACGGUGGUGACGAAAGCAUUUUCCGCCACUUCCCCAAGGAGCUGGCUAGAGAAAAAUCAUUCCUUUAAAAGGGUAUUUCGUAAUUUAAGAAUUUGCGUUCCCUUCUCGGCUAUUUUGAGGUCGAGAUAUGCAGAUGGUGGAAGGAGAUGUAUUGUAGGAUACUUGUGCAAGAGAGAAAGAGGCCCGGCGUCGACGACGUUGCAGUGUUUGUUUUAUUUUUUGUUCUUUUAAGCUGUGUUUCUAUUUUAGAUACCAUGAAUGUUAGUCGGGAGCGCGUUUGUUUUUUUUUUUUUUGGAGUACGCUAUUGUAAUGUUUUAUAUUUUGUUUUAUAAAAAUUAGUAACACUACACAAAAAGUAACAGAAAGCUAGAAUUGUAUGGCAAAUGCGAAUGGGGGUGAGUUUACGAUGGCGAGCAGCUUUUUUUUUUUCCUAUCGUCACAUUAAGGGUUGUACGUGGGCAGACGACAUUUAAUAAUAUUAUUAGGGAGAGAAAAUCAUCCCCGAAUGAACUGUACAGUAGGAGAUACACAGACACAGACACCCACACCCGAGGUGGGGUUAGAUUUACUUGUACACAACACAACUACACAAAUGUAGCAUUAAUUUUGUAAACUGUUUUGUUUCCAAAGGGUACAUUCACUGGCCUGCCAAUGGUAUCCAAUGGGUGAACGAAACAAAACAACCGCUUCACGAAGGUCUUCCUCCAAAAAAGUCGGAAACCGAAACAGAAUGGCAGUCCUCUCCCCCACGAGCCGCGACCUACUGGAGUGAUCGUAUCCAACGAUCGCGAAAGUAUGUCUAUCCGGUAGGGUUGGGACGACGACCACGUCAAUGUUUCUUUGUGUUUUCCUUUAAUUUUUUAACGUUUUCUAAAAACAACACAUAUUUAAUUUAUGUUUAAACUACAAUCCCCCAUCCCCGAAGAGAGAACGCAAAGAAUGCGGUGUUUUUCAGAAACGGGAUCGUCUUCAAAGAGCUCGUGCUUUUAUAAGGCGAUAAUCGGGUUUCCAAGAAUCAUCCAAGGAUUUACAAUAAAAAAGAAACGAUUGUUA